CUCUUAAGCCCCAACGGACGUCCACACUCGAGUGGCUCGCGCGCGUGCCUUUUGUUUUCGAAAUGUUUCAAAAGCGCUUAGUGGAAAUAUUUACACUGGUCUUUUACUGGCUGGUGGCCAUGAAAUGGAUAUACGCGUAUGUCAGCGAAAAGAAAUGGGUCGAAUAUAGCCUAGACCAUAUGGGUAAUACCGUCUACACCCACGGUCUAUUCCUGCUCGCCGUUAUUGUCGGUUAUGUGGUGCUCUAUCGCAUGGUCAUGUUCACGUACAUGAAGUGCAAGGUGUGUGAUAUAAAAAUGUGGCACGAUCUGAAGAAGAUGAAGGAGGAUCCGGAGGCACAGUUGUCGAGGAAAACCGAAUACAAGCCCGUCCACAAUGUCGAUGUCGUCGAUGGCCACAAGAUGAUACGCACCAUUAGCAGUCCGCUGCUGGUCGAAAGGGAUCUGGCCAUGAUACAUACCAAGCACGAGACCCGGCCCCUCCGCAGCAAUACAUUGCGCGCAGCUCCCCCCGUCCCGCCAACGCCACCUGGCAUGGCCCGCAAGCUGAGUCUGGGGGUGAUUGUAACGCCAGACAGGCUCGAGAGCGCGCCCCUGAAGAAGUUCGCAUCGGAGGGCACCAUCUAGAGGACACUAUCUAGAAGACACUAUCUAGAGGACACUAUCUAGAGGACAUUAGUGUGUCGCGCGCGUGUGUUUUGUAGUCCAGUAUUAAGUUAUAAGUCAAGAGACCAAAGAAUUCAAACGACUUUCAGAUCCUGUGAUCGAUUAUUAAUUUUUAAAUGUGCGAUCGUCCAUUUCGAAUUGCAAUAAUUUAAGUAGCGAAAUUUUGUCCGCGGACCCGAAUAUAUUAUAUUUAUUAUACAAGUACAUAUGUACAAUAAUGUGCUAUCGAAAUUAUUAUUUAUUAUAUAAAUACAUAUAGAUGUACGUGUGUAAUUACAGUUAAGUUUUUGUGGUUUUUGUCCCAACG